CUGGACAUCUGGGCACCACAUCAUCAGUUGUCCAGUUUUAUUCAUCUAGUGAAACACUGGGGCACUGUUUACUUCCCAGGAUUCUUUGAUAAAGCCACCAGACUGACUCCUCGAGGGUGGAUUACUCUGGAGGUACAGCAGAUCAAGGGCAACAGUUACCAAGACGGAGGUAACACAGAGAGAGAUGCCUCACAGUAAACACCAUGAAUACACAGCAAACAAGCGGGGCAUUACUUACACGGAGGUGAAGAAAUGUAAGUCUUCACAGAAGCAAAGAAUACCCACCGCCAAGCAGAGCCCUGCAGUGCUAAGUGAAGACCAGGUGAACUAUGCAGAGCUGACCUUCCAGAGAACGCCUCAGCUCCCGGCCAGACAACUUGUCAGAGGAAAAAGACAAGGUCCCAACUCAACAGUAUGGAGAGUGGUGACCGUCAUACUUGGAGCCUUGUGUGUGUUGCUGAUGACAAUCAUAGGGAUCUUACUUCCAAAAUUAUUUUCUAGGCAAGAAGAGCAAAGCAUAAAAACCUCACGUCUCUCUCAUCUGUGUCCUAAGAUGGAUGACUGCUCCUGGCAUCAUUGUUCACAUGACUGGAUUGCUUUUGGAAACAAUUUCUAUCGUGUUUUUCGUGAAAUCAAAACCUGGGCAGACAGUCAGUCUGCCUGUGAGGAGCUGAAUUCUCAUCUUGUGGAGAUAGACUCCAAAGCAGAGCUGGAAAACUUGUUAUUGUUUGAAAUUAAUGGCUGGAUCCAUCUCAGAACUGACGAAUUCAAUGGGUCCUGGCUGUGGGAAAAUGCCACUAAAACACAGCAAACCCUAAUUAAUGAUUCAGAAAAGAAGUAUCAGAGCUGUUAUUAUCUGCAUGGAAGACAAAUUGUUCUUACUGGCUGUUCAUCUAAGAAAUCAUACACCUGUGAAUUUAAUAUAUGAUGACACCUAUUUCACUAGCAUAUUUUUUAAUAAUUUAUGAAUAAAAAUAUGUCUGUUAUUUUUUGCUUAUAAUGUUUAUACUUGAUAUG